CAGAAUCCAUCGACAAGUCGCUCACGUCUGCCGGAGCCGAGUAGCUCCUUCUCCCUCACAGCUCAUCCCUCCGUUGUCCUUCCUCCACGCCGCACAUCCUCGUUCCUUUGCACCACCCGGGGAGCUGCCGGAACGCUCGCCGAAAGAAGAGCGCCAUGGCCCGCGCGGUGGGACAAGGGAUACCCGAGUCAACCGUAGGAGUAGGUGUGAUGCUGAGCCGGCGGAGGAGUAAAGGCAGACGGAGAAAGCGAAAGGAGUUGUUCGCCGUACAGAUGUGCUUCGUGGGGAUUCUGCUGGGACUCGUUGUGGGGCUCAAGAAUGUGGCACAGAAAGAAGCAUACCAUGUUUCAACCUCCACAAGGCUCGAAGAGCUGAGGUGGGAGGGCCGUCACCUUCUACAAGACUUCUAUGACAACCACUCUAAGCUGUUCUCAGAGCUUGAGAAAAACUGCACCGAACCAGCCAUUCACGAGUUCCCAAGAGAUUACUUCACAAACCAGGAGCGCAUUGAUGGAGCCGUGGGACUGCAUGUCCUCUGUGCAAUCUAUAUGUUCUAUGCCUUGGCCAUUGUGUGUGAUGAUUACUUCGUCCCCUCGCUAGACAAGAUAUGUGAGCGUCUUCAUCUUAGUGAGGAUGUUGCAGGCGCGACCUUCAUGGCUGCAGGAAGUUCAGCACCUGAAUUGUUCACUUCGGUCAUAGGAGUAUUCAUUACUAAAGGGGAUGUUGGGGUUGGCACCAUUGUGGGCUCAGCUGUCUUCAAUAUCCUCUGCAUUAUUGGAGCAUGUGGGAUAUUUGCUGUGCAGACCAUCCAUCUGUCCUGCUGGCCUCUGCUCAGAGAUUCCACCUACUACACCCUUUCUAUCUCUGCUCUUAUUGUGUUCAUAUAUGAUGAAAAGGUGGUUUGGUGGGAAGCACUCACGUUGAUUCUGAUGUAUUUCGUCUAUAUUGUGAUAAUGAAACUCAACUCCCAUGUGGUCCGUUUUCUGGAGAGGAGGAAGAAGAACACAUCCAGUUUGAGAAAUGGAGCCGCGAAUAACGGCGAGCUAGAUGAUGGCUCCGAUGCAUCUGCUGUCCUCUUGAAAAAAGCAAACCACCACGGGAAGACAUCAGUGCUGAUGGUUGACGAGCUGCUUUCAGCGUACCCACACCAGCUGUCCUUCUCAGAGGCCGGCAUGAGAAUCAUGAUCACGAGCCACUUCUCCCCGAGAACCCGCCUCACCAUGGCCUCCCGAAUGCUCAUUACUGAGAGGCAACGUCUCAUCAACACACGGAGUUUGACCAAUGGUGACUCAGAUGGGCCAGUGAAAGGAGUGAGCAAACGGGCCAUCGAAAACGGGCUGUCUGGAGCAGAACGGGGUGUCAACGAGGCGGGAAAUGAGACGGAGAACGAAGACAACGAGAAUAAUGAAAAUGAUGAGGAGGAAGAAGAGGAGGAUGGGGAAGGACCUUUUGUACCCUUCCAGUGUCCAGCUGGUGUAUGCAAUAAACUGAAGUGGCUGUUGGCUUGGCCGCUGUGCCUGCUGCUCUACUUCACUGUGCCCAACUGCGCCACACCUCGCUGGGAAACCUGGUUCAUGCUGUCUUUUGUCUCCUCAACCCUGUGGAUUGCUGCCUUCUCCUACAUAAUGGUUUGGAUGGUUACAGUGAUUGGCUUCACCCUCGGUAUCCCCGACGUCAUCAUGGGCAUCACCUUCCUGGCAGCCGGGACCAGCGUCCCUGAUUGUAUGGCCAGCCUCAUAGUGGCAAGACAAGGAAUGGGAGACAUGGCGGUGUCCAACUCCAUCGGUAGUAAUGUGUUUGACAUCUUGGUGGGCCUCGGCCUCCCCUGGGCCCUGAAGACACUGGCUAUUAACUACGGGUCUGACAUCAAAUUAUACAGCAAAGGACUGAUUUUUUCUGUCGGGCUUCUGUUGGGGUCUGUGUUUCUGACAGUCAUUGGAGUUCACCUCAACAAGUGGACGCUGGACAAACGCCUCGGUCUCAUGUGUCUCCUCCUCUACUCCGUCUUCCUGUGUUUCUCUUGCCUCAUCGAGUACAACAUUUUCACCUUUGUCAACCUGCCCACCUGCAGAGAUGACUGAGACACGCACACACACGCGCACACACACACACACACACACUUUUGGCUGCGACGUGGCAUUUGAAUUUGAAAUAGAUGCCGGUGUACGACACCAGAAUGAGAACCUAAAUUGCAAAUCUUAGGGAAACAAAAGAUUUACGUGCAGACAACCGCCACGCUCCUGGAUUAUUGAGUGGAAAUCACAACUUUUAUUUAUUAUUUCUUAUGUCAUUUUAUUUAUACUGUACAUAUAAAAAGGAGGCGAGAUGCAAAUGAGGCACUGUCAGUGUCCCACACGGGACGACAUCAAGGAUAACCGCAGCGACAACCACAAGUUUCUUUUUUUCCUCCUGUGACAAUAUCGCCAAGUCGAUGCAAAAAAUUCGAUACGGAACGUGUCACACGAGUGGAAAGGGCGGAGUUAAGCACUUGCGGCACUGAUCUGAUUCAAAGUCGAUAAACUGGCAUCUGCUCGGAAAGACGAAAUUUGUUCUGCAGAUGAGACAAUGUCUCAACUGUCGUUAUCUGAACAUAUCCUGGAUCGUGUUUUAUUAUUACAGGUCCAGAAUUCAUAAGUAUUGAGCAAUGGGAUUUAUUAUAUCCAUACUCCGCUAUAUAUUCAAAACAUACCAGGGCAUUAUUAUCCAAUCAUAUUUUUUAAAGUGUCACCGCUGAUGUACCUAUGUUUUGUAUUUAAAAUGAAUUUAAUAGCUUUAUGGAGAGCUUUUGUAAAUAGUUUUCUGUAAAUAGCCCCAGAUGGCUCAUAUAUUAUUUAUUCGUGUCAUACGCACAUUUCUCCUCUGGAGGUCACAGAGCCCUCAACAGGUUUAUUUAUGGUGCCAGGGUCGCUGCAAUCCACUCUUAGGAGAGAAACACUUCUUUCCAGAUGUGUACUGACAAGCACAAUUGCUUUUGAUGUUUUUUAAUGACUUGAUUUAGAUGCAACGUGUGUUGAUGUUAGGAACAAAUUGAACUUUGCACUGUAGAGCCUAAACUAGCUUCAGAGGAAGACCUCUUGGUCUCGGCGACUCUUUGUUGUCCUCCAAAUGCUCCGCGCGGAUUAUGAGGAUGCGUUUCCUUGUAAGAUGAAGCAGUUUCAUGUGUCGCAAGUGUUCAAUGUAGAGCGCUGCCAGUGUGUUUAUUAGGAGUGAUCAGGUAGUACGACAUACUGUAGAAGCGAAGUAGAGAAAAUAACUUGCUGCUGCUUUUCGCUCAUUUAAGAUGCUGACUAAAUAGAUUCAAAAACACUGAUGGCAUUUAUUUGACUAGCUACUUUGGUAGAUUGAUGUCCCGCUUAAAAAAUGUAAUCAGGGCAUUUCUUCCACCAAGAAACUUUGUAUUUUGUAUCGCCUAAUGUUUAGAUUUGUCCAGAUUUGGUAGGUUUGUUCUAUAUGAAUAUUGUUACUAGAUUUUAGAGCAUGUACAACGUACGUUGGUGAACAAUCCUGAGGACUUUAACAGCAAAAUAAUUUGCACGUAUUCCUCGAAGACAUCCACAACUGUUAAAACCUGUCGACUCUUGCACAGUAUCCUUAAAAUAUUGUUGUUCUGCUUCUACGUUUAAAAGGCAUUUUCGUUUUUCCUCAUUCUAUUUCAUUUUGAUUGAAACCUUUUUAAAACAAUUAUUUUAAAAGGGUAUUUAUAUUUAAAUUUCUUUUUUUUCUUUGUUUGUUUGUUCAUUUUUAUUUUGGUGGGUAAUGUGCGUUUAUUUAUUUCUGGCAGAGAGGGUAUGCGCUAUGGCAGGAAAACAGAGUUUAAAUUUGACCAAGAACAUAUCUAAUGCAAUAAUUAUGAUCAUACAAACGUUAAUCUCCCGCUUUAAAUAUGAAAGACAUUUAUAAGAGUAAUAUAAGAGAGACCCGCUAGGUGUCUUUUAUGUAAAAAAAAAAAAAAAAAAAAAAAAUUAAAAUCAUUUUUUUUUGUACCAGGAUUAAUUCAAACAGGGGCUGUUGCUGAAAUACACAAAUUCGUUUUGCAACUACACAAUCAAAUGACAACGUUACCAUUCCGGUGAUAAGAAUUGCAUUUUUUUUUUUUUUUUUUAAUCACCAGUUUAUUAUUAUUAGACAUUCCAUGUUUCGCCCACAGAGUUAACGAUUCAGACUUUUAGGAACACGUCUUGAGAGUUGCCCUCAUAAUUUCCCUGAAGAUAUGAGCGAUAAUAAAAGAGGCUGCUUGAUUUCGACCAUCCUCAUAUACAAUAUAACACAAGGAUAUAUAUAUAUAUAUAUAUAUAUAUAUAUAUAUAUAUAUAUAUAUAUGUGUAUACAGUACGUAUAUAUCUUCUAAUAUUUGUAUCAGUUUUAUCAGUCUAGAUUAUCCUAUAGAACAGAACAUAUUAUACCAUGCACUUUACCAUACAAUACAUUUGUAGAGGUUCGUCGAUGCUGCUAUUUGCAAUAUAUACCGAACACCGCGUGUUUUAAACAAACCAAACCACCACAAUGCUCGUGUUUUUAAACAAAAUUCUGUCAUGGAGAUUCAGAAAUGUGUGAUACCCAUAUAGAUGAUAUAUUGCAGAUGUAUUAUAUGUAUAUAAUAGGCGUAAAUGUAUAUAUUUUUGUCUCGAUCUGUAUAUUUGUUGAAUAUAUUUUCAUAGAAUGUAGGUCACCCUUGUACUCCUUUGUUUUGACGUGUCUGAGACCUCCGAAGCUAUUUGUUUACUCGCAUGGAGAUUCAUGUUCAAUAUAAUAAAUUAUUUACAGUACAUCUUAACGUAUAUUUG